CCAACUUGCACACUGUUGUGUGUAAUACACAACAAUUGUAUCAGUAACGUCACCAUUAAGUGUGUGUUCGAAUACAAUUGAACGACUUUCAUCUCAAUUCAUAAAAAGAUUUUAGUUCCUUCAUUUUUUUAUCUCACAGUACAUGCUAACGUUAGUUUACACCGAUACCAAUCUAUAUCCCAGCCUAAGACAUUGACAUCCCCAACCAGUUCUGUACUUAAUUAAUAUCUUUCUUCAGAGAGAGAUAUAUAUGUUGUCUUACAUAUAAUUUUCCUCCCUACCCAACUCUCCUUUCUCUCUCUCAUAAAGACAACAACACAUAGUAAUUGAAGAAGAAGGAAAGAAAGAAGAGGAGUAGACAUUAUUAGAAAGUGUGCAAUGUUGAUGGCAUUCCAAACCAAGGGUCUAUUGUUGUUCCUGUGUGCAUUAAUCUUUUCAUUUUCAUGCAUUCUUGCUUCUUCUGUGCCAAAGGAGCAAGAGCUAGAUCGAAUCUCGGCUCUCCCGGGGCAGCCGCCGGUGACAUUUGCUCAGUUCUCAGGCUAUGUCACUGUCAAUGAAGAACAUGGACGAGCACUCUUCUACUGGUUCACUGAGGCCACCACUUCCCCUCAGAAUAAACCUCUUGUUCUCUGGCUCAAUGGAGGACCAGGUUGCUCAUCGGUGGCAUAUGGGGCAUCAGAAGAAAUUGGUCCAUUCCGUAUAAACAAGACUGGCUCCUCUCUCUUCCUUAACAAAUAUGCAUGGAAUAAAGAAGCAAAUAUCCUGUUUCUUGAAUCGCCUGCUGGUGUUGGUUUCUCAUACACGAAUACCAGUUCUGACCUCACAACUUCUGGGGACAAAAGGACAGCACAGGAUGCUUUGAUUUUUCUACUUAGAUGGAUGGCCAGAUUUCCACAAUAUAAAUACAGGGAGUUUUACAUUGCUGGGGAGAGCUAUGCAGGGCAUUAUGUCCCCCAGUUGGCUAAGAAAAUCCAUGAUUACAAUAAACAAAAUCCUCAUAUCCUUAAUCUUAAAGGUUUCAUUGUGGGAAAUGCUGUGACUGAUGACUACUAUGAUGGAGUUGGAACUGUUACGUAUUGGUGGAGCCAUUCUAUGAUCUCUGAUCACUCAUACAACUCUAUCCUUAAAUACUGCAAUUUCACAGAAAGAAAAACAACUAAAAAAUGUGACGAUGCUGUGGGUUAUGCGAUUAACCAUGAAAUGGGAAACAUUGAUCAGUACAGUAUCUACACUCCUGCAUGCCCAACACCACAUGACAAUAGCACUGCAAGGCACGUUAGGCCCAAGAGCUCAAUUUUACAUAGGAUUUCUGGGUAUGAUCCAUGUACUGAAAAUUAUGCAGAGAAAUAUUACAAUCGCUAUGAUGUGCAGAAAGCAAUGCAUGCAAAUGUCACAAACAUUCCUUACAAAUGGACUGCUUGCAGUGAUGUGCUCAAUAAACAUUGGAAGGAUUCUGAAGUUUCUAUAUUGCCCAUAUACAAAGAGUUAAUUGCAGCUGGUUUGAGAAUCUGGGUUUUCAGUGGAGACACAGAUUCAGUGGUUCCAGUAACUGCCACAAGGUUUUCUCUCAACCAUCUGAACCUCGCCAUCAAAACUCGUUGGUAUCCAUGGUACUCAGGGGUACAGGUAGGAGGGUGGACAGAGGUAUAUAAUGGACUAACAUUUGCCACAGUGAGAGGAGCUGGGCAUGAAGUACCAUUGUUUCAGCCAAAGAGAGCUUACAUACUCUUCAGGUCGUUUUUGGCAGGGAAAGAGCUGCCAAAAUCUUGACAUGUUAAGAACUCGAUAUUUCAUCAGUUUAUAUCUUUUAUGUAAUUCAAUUCAAUUGGUGUUCAACUGUUCAUAAUUCCAUGAAAUGGGAGGCAGGGAUAAAAACAGCAAUUACUUAUUCUGUGAUUUGUAAGCAAUAUGUUGUAUUGCUCAGUAGUGGAUGAGCAAAAGAAACUAACAAAAUUGUUAGUUUCUAUUUUUAUAAUUUUUCUUUGUAAAAUUUAGAAAUUGUUCUUAUCACCAGAAUCUAUCUAGGCACCAUUAGCCCA